AACAUGAUCGAAUGGAACAGGAAGUUCUACAGUACAGACAGGAAGUGACAUCACUGCAGGAGAAACUGGACUCAGUCACAAAGGAGUUUGACAUGAGUGUUGAGGACCUCAGUGAAACCCUGAUACAGAUUAAGACAUUUAGGCUACAGCAGGAGGGCCGUGAGGGUCUGCGGUUCCUAGGGAUUGAUGCGAAGGUGGAGGACUCAUCCAGAGAGCUGAGGGACCUCCAGGCAUCCCAAGCAGAGACUGUGUUAGAAUUACAGAAGACCAGAGACUUACUGUUACUGCAGCACCGCAUCAAUAAUGAUUUGCAGCUCUCCUCUGUUCUCCUUCCUAUUCCUGUCCUGUCACAGGCUGAGUUGAACACAAUGAUAGAGAGAGCAGAAAGAGAGAGGGAGGAGACCAAGAGGAGGGUAGCGGAGAAAGAUAAACUACUUGGAAGAAGAGCCUUGCAAAUCAACACUUUACAAGCUCAGCUGAAGGAGUUAGCCUACAGCCCUAGGAACUACAAACGGAACAUACCACUACAGUACACCUGGCCGGGGGGGGACCAGGAAGUGGUACAGCCCAUUGAAGACGACACCACUUUCUCUCAACUACGAGCGGGGGAGUCCCUUUUGGAGAUCCACCUCAGGGGGGCAGCCUUCACCCCUGGGGGGCUACGGACCAUGGGGGGCGCCCGGAAAGGGGCGGGGUCAAAAGGUGAAGCGGUUGUGACCUUUUGCACCUACGCCCUCCUGGACUUUGAAAUGCACUCCACACCCCUGGUUUCGGGAGGGCAACCCAACUACGGAUUCACAUCGAAGUACCCCCUCUCUGCUCGUGAUUUGGGGAGGCUGGGGGGUCAGGGGGGAGGGGUGCUGGUGGAGCUGCACCAGGCAUUGGGAGGGGUGCGUUUCGUGACCCGAGGGGGGGCGCAGGUGCCACUGGUUGGAGCGGUAGAGAGGAGAGGGGAGCGGGUGAGCGGACGAGUCAACAUCGCAGGCUCUGAGGGAGAUGUCAUAGGGAUCCUGGACUUUUGGAUGCGUCUCUUCCCUCCUGCGGAGCCCAUGGACACACUGAUAGAGAGAGGAACGGACAGAAUGACAGAGAGAGGAGCAGACAGGCGGAUAGAGAGAGGAGCAGACAGACGGAUAGAGAGAGGAGCAGACAGAAUGACAGACAGACUGAUGGACAGAAGGGCCAUCAGUCCACAGAGACAGUGGAGCCCCAUCUGGGCCCAGAGAGGUCUAGGCUUGGAGGACAGUGUGCGCGAGCAGGAGCUAUUUGACUAUGGCGGAGGUAUACCCAAUGAGCUGGAGGUGGUGCUAGAGCAUUGCGUGGGUCUAAGAGCCCGCUGGCCGGAACUACUUCCGGACUCCUACCUCGUGUACCGUCUCUACGACCUGCCGCCUCACGCUUCCCCCACAAUACCGUGCAGCGCCAACCCACUGUUCAACGACACGGUCAGCUACCCUCUGGCCGUGACCACUGACGUUCUGGAGUACCUAAGAGGGGGUAGUCUCUGGGUCUAUGUGUUCGAUGACAAUGAUGAUCAGACUCCACCUGCUUACCUGGCCAAGACACCCAUACCACUCCGCCCGCUGGCAGCAGGACGACCUAUCAGAGGUGACUAUGUUCUGAGGGACACGGGUGGCGGUCCGCGGGGGAUGGUCCGCGUGUUCAUACGAUGGAUUUACCCCUUCCAACCACCAGAGGGCAGCACCCAAAGACACAAGGAGAUGGACAGGAUGGAGAGAGCGAUGGAGAGGAGGAGCGAGAGAGCAGAGGAACUGCCGAGGCCUAUUGCCAAGCCUAGGGUGAAGUCAAAGGCUGUUGAGCCCAGAGUGGACAGACCUGCUGCACAAAAAGAGACCAGCAUUCAGCCCAAGCCCCGUCCUCCACCAAUCAAGCUGCGAUUACCCCAACCCGACGCCCAAUCAGAGCGAGCCACACCUGUGACAUCCCCGGAACCCAGUGUCGCCACACCCCUCCAGUCUCCAGCGAGAAAACGGGCCACGCCUCUUAGAUCACCUGCCACACUCCUUCUGACACCUGGGACGAGUCAAGCCACACCCUCCCAGAAGCAGGCGACCCCUCUGAGGCUACCUGAGGUCAGAGGUCAGAGUUCGCCUGUGUCAGAGUUGACCCCAUCUCGACCUGACUCAGCUCGUUCCUCCAGGAGUUCCGCCAGCGAUGAUAAGAGUUAUUUUAAGGACAUCCCCUCACUGGAACAGGUGUCUAUGGAAGAGGAGGAGGAGGACCAGGAGGAAAAAAGUGACAAAGCCCAAGUGGAUAGUGAGGUCAUGGAAUCCAGAGAAUCAAGGACCUCCAACCGUAGUGAUGUCAUCAUUAUUCCUCCAUCUUCAAGGAGAAUCAGAAAGGGAGACAAGUUGAGAGUGGAGAUUCUCUCUCUCUCUUUUGAGCCCACCUCCCGAGUGGCUCUCGAUGAGUCAGUGCAGCGCGUCUAUGUGGAGUACCGCCUCCUGGGAGUUCCCAUGGAAACCACAGAGACACCCAUGUCCCUCCGUAAACCAUCGGACGGGGAGGAGAUACAUUACAACUUCACACGAGUCAUCUAUGUGGACAGCUCUGAGGCAGCCCCACUAAGACAGUACCUGUACUCCAUGCUGGAGGGAACUGACCCAAACCAGGGCAGGUUGAAGUUCACAGUGGUCAACGAGCCAAUGGAUGAUGAUGAUGACGAUGAUGAGGAGUGUACCGACGUUGGCCACGCUUUCCUGGACUUACAGGAACUGCUGCUGACAGGAAAUGACAUCACCGAGCGGCAGAUCGACAUUGUCAGUGUGGAUGUAGAGAAAGAGGUGAUGGGAAAACUCAAAGUCUCUCUGGAAGCAGCAAAGACUUUGACUGGGAUAUACUGGGACUAUCGCCAGAAGAGAGAUCAAGAGACCAAGAAGGAUGAAGAGAAUGACGAGAAGGAGGAAGAUAAGGAAGAGAAGGAAACAUUGAAGAAAGAAGAUGAAAUACAAGUGAUAGAUUAUGACAUUGAUGAUGAUGACAGUGACUUUUACUAAAAGUGGAAAUCUGAAAAGGAUAUCAUGAAACAGAUAGGAAUUGUGGUCCCUGAAAUAAAGGAUAUUGAAUAACAGUAAACGUCUGACCUUGUAUAAUAAAACAUA